AUGUAUCGCGCAGCACUAAGAACAGCCUCACGGCCCGCCGUCGGCUUGCGCACGUCUCUGGUCCAGGCCGUACCCCGGCGAUUUGCCUCAACGGCUCCCGCAGACAGGCCGCGGUCAUGGAAGAGCUCGGCCGUCCGGUGGGGGUUGGCGAUUGCCGGUGUCUACUACUAUAACACGAGCUCCGUGUUUGCGGACGAGUCCGAGGCCCACGCCCUGCCCGUCGCUGCGCCGUAUGCCGACAACGAACUGCCCACCGUCGACGCCCUGAUUGAGAAGAAGCGAAAGCAAGCCAGCCCUCCCCAGCCCGUCGAGCCCGCUUCCACAAAGACCGAGGCCGCCCCCAAGACAGAAGCAACCCCGACCAACGACAAGUCAGAAAAGCCUGCGCAGAGCGCCGCCGGCUUCGGCGGCGAAUCGGCCGAUGCGCUGGAGGAGGAGGCCAGCCAGGAGGGCGCCUUCAACCCGGAGACGGGCGAGAUCAACUGGGACUGCCCCUGCCUGGGCGGCAUGGCGCAUGGGCCCUGCGGAGAGGAGUUCAAGACGGCGUUUAGCUGCUUCGUGUACUCGACCGAGGAGCCCAAGGGCAUGGACUGCAUUGAAAAGUUCCAGGGCAUGCAAGAGUGCUUCCGAAAGUACCCCGAGAUUUACGGCUCCGAGCUGGAAGACGCCGAUGCCGAAGCGGAUGCGCCGGCCGAG